ACGGUUCCCACCCAACCCACACCACCGCACCCCUGCCUAGAUUGUUAUUUAUCCAAGCCCUAAAGUAAAAUUUUCCUUUAACAGCCCCAGAAGUACAAGAAAAAAUUCUGUUAACUGAUAGGUUGUUUCGUUCCCUAUCCUUGUCAAAAACUGAGAAAUUGGGAGGUUUUCUUCGUCAUCCAAUUUCAAGGAAAUUGCGAAAUAGAUAAAAUGGUUCAAGAAAAGGGUGAGCCUACGUAUGGAGAUGGGGUUGCAUGGUUUAGGGGUGCAAUGAUUGGAAAAGGGGGUUUUGGGCGUGUGUAUUUGGCUAAUUUGAAGAAUCCCAGAUCAAAAUACAGUUGUUUGCCUUCUGUGAUGGCUGUAAAAUCUGCCGAGGUUUCAGUUUCUGGUUCAAUUCAGAAGGAGAGGGAGGUUUUGAGCAAUGUCAAGGGUUGCCCUAAUAUAAUUAGAUGUUUUGGUGAAGAGACAACAAUGGGGGAGAAUGGAGUGAUGGUGUUUAAUCUUCUUUUGGAGUAUGGUUCUGGAGGAACAUUAGCCGAUAGAAUUAAAAAAUUGGGUGGCAAUGGAAUGUCUGAAUCUGAGGUUAGGGUAUAUGCAAAGUCUAUACUUCAAGGAUUGAAUCAUAUUCAUGGCAUUGGUUAUGUUCAUUGUGAUCUAAAACCCGAUAAUGUUUUACUUGUUCGAAGUGGCCGAAGAACCGGGGUUUGUGAGUUUAGGGCAAAAAUUGGCGAUUUUGGGUUGGCAAAGAGGGUGCCGGGGAACAAAAAGAGGAAAUUGGAGCCUUAUUGGAGGGGCACUCCACGGUAUUUAGCUCCCGAGGCUGUGGUGGAUAAUGUGCAGGAGUUUCCUUCUGAUAUUUGGGCAUUUGGGUGUAUUGUUCUUGAGAUGUUAACUGGGAAACCUCCUUGGGACGGUGAUGGGGAAAAGGAUUCAGAUGCAGAAGAUAUUCUUUGUAAGAUUAAAGAAGGGUUGCCAAAAAUUCCGAAUGAUAUAUCAAAGGAGGCAAGGGAUUUCCUUAAGGGUUGUUUUGUGAAGAAACCAAUGUUUAGAUUGACAGCAGAAAUGUUAUUGAAUCAUCCAUUUUUAGAAGGUUUGGAUGUCAUUGAGGAUGGGGAUGAAGAAUUCAACGAGGUUGAAGAUUUGAAUGAGAUUGAAUCUAUUUUGUUAGUAUAUGAAAGUGAGGAUGAAUUAAGUAGUAGCUCGUUUCAAGAUUAUUGUAGCUUUGAUUCGGGAGAGGAUUUCUUCAAUUAUUCAUCUGAACAGGAUGUGGAGGAUGAAAUUGUAUCAUCCCAUUUUAACGAAGGAAAAUCAAAGGAAGAAGAAACUAAGGGUGUCACUAGCUCCAUUGAUGAUUCUGGUUUUGAUAAAUCAAUCAGAACAUCGAUAUCAUCUAGAAAUGGACGACAAUAUCCAGUUACUCAUACUAUUCCUGCAGGUGUCUAGCAAGAUAUUCAGUGAGAAAUCCAUAUUCAAUUUUGCUUUGUUGUGUGUUCAAUAGAUUAUUUUACAGGUUAUACUACUGUACCUAGAUAAUAUACUAGGAAUUGAUUUUUAGAUUUAUUCUAGUUUCUGCUAACUUGUAGCAUUUCUUCAAUCAUGAUAUUGUUGUAGGUUCCCUUUUCAUCGUUUCAA